UCCUUUUCUGACUUGUUUAUCUUGCUCUGACCUUUCACUUCAGUUGUGUUUAUAAGUUUUGUGACGAUGCCUCAGAUUAGUGAAUCUUUGUCCGAAAGGGACAGUGCCCUUUCAAAAUUGCAAGCAAUUAAGGAAGAAGAAAGAAAAGGACCAAGGAUAACCAAAGAGUCUCUGAGAAAGCACUGUAAAGAGCAUAAAUUGUACCUUACCCCUCAUCUAAAUGAUGUGCUGUAUCUCCACUUUAAAGGAUAUAGCUGCAUUGAAAACCUUGAGGAAUAUACUGGCCUGAAAUGUUUGUGGUUGGAAAACAAUGGAAUACUGCGAAUUGAGAACCUUUCUGCCCAGACGGAGCUGAGGAGCCUCUACUUACAUAACAAUAUCAUCAGGAAAAUUGAAAACCUCGAGGAUCUCCAGCUGUUGGACACCAUUAAUCUAAGCCACAACUUUGUCACUAAAAUAGAGAACUUGGCAAUGUUGCCAGUUCUACACAACCUUACCUUGAGUCACAACAAGCUGGAGAGCGUGGAGGAUAUCUGCCAUCUCACCCAGUGCCCACAACUCUCUGUGGUUGACCUUUCCUACAACAAUUUGGAAAGUCCAGAAGUAGUUGAAGUAUUUGCUGCCAUGGCAAAUCUCAGAGUGCUGAAUCUGAUGGGUAAUCCUGUAAAGAGCAACAUCCGCAACUACAGGAAUGUCCUGACUGUCCAUUGUAAAAACCUUCAGCAUCUGGAUGAUCGGCCAGUAUUCCCCCGGGAUCGAGCCUGUGCUGAGGCUUGGGCUGUUGGAGGUUAUGAUGCAUCAGAGAAAGUUCGACUAGAGUGGAUAGAAAAUGAAAGAUUAAAAAUUCAAAAAAGUGUUGAAGCACUGUUAAACUUGAGGGACAUGCGUAAAAUUAAGGCAGCUGAAGAAGCUAAAGCAAGAAAGCUCGACAAUAAUGAAGGCCAGGAAAAUACAACGAUUGGCCAUUCUGAAUCCUCUAGUAGUGAUUCUGAAUCUGACAGUGGUGAAGACGAAGGUGAAAAACUGAAAUCAACUAAUACAAAUCCCAGUGAUGAAAACUCUACAAAGCUUUCAGAAACAACAAAAUAUGAAGUAAUGUCACCAAUUUCAAACAAUCAGGAAAAUAAAAUAGAAGAAAAUAUUCCACUGACCAACAAUACAAGUGUGUCAGAAAUAAGUUCAAAUGUCAAAGAGCCUAAAUUAACAAUAACAAAAUCGGUAUCAUUUGAUGACAACGAAGAAGAGAAAAUGUCUACAAAUCCAAGUUCACUGAUAGAAGAAAUGUCAGAUGAUGUUAAAAAUGAUACAAAUAUUUUAAUGGAAUUAAGGAACAAAUUUGAAACCCCCAAAAUCCUUAUUGAAGAAAUUAAUGAUAAUGAAGGCAAUAGAAUGGAUAACCAGUCGGAAGUAGUAGAGAAUAUAUUCUCGAAUUCAAAAACUCGUACAAACCUACUUGAGGUUAUACAAGAAAUUGACGCAAAUGAGUCUGAGACCGAUAUUUCUGACACAUUGGACAAUCUCCAUGAUAAAUUACCUGAUACUAGUUUAAGUAAUACACACAAAAAUUAUAACUUUACAUUUACAGAUAAUGGGAGUGAAAAUACAGUUGAACCCAAAAAACUGAUAGAAGAAAUAGAUAGCCUUGAUGAGAAAAAGGAGAUAAGACAACAGGUACUAGUUGAAGAGAUUUGUAGUACUAGACAACCACAGCUACUAGAAGAUUGCAAGAAUCAAAAACUUGUUGCAAAUCAGGAAUAUGAUCAGUCAAAUGAAGUAUCAGAAGAAAAAGAAUGCUCGAAUGUUGAAGUAACUGAAAUACAGACAAAUGAACAGCGACAAACUAAAGCCCCUAAAGAAACAAUAGAUUUGCAGUCAACCACAUCAAAAGAAUUUGAAGAUGUGCAGUUACUUAAUAUUAAGUAUGAACAUUCAGAUUCAGUAGAUACUGAUGUGGGAGAUGCGCCUAAAGAUAAUUUAAGCAAAUCUGAUUUUUCAUCCAAGACUGAAAAUGAGAUGGUCUUCGCGAUCGAUUCCAGUCAGAAAAACAAUAAAACUUCGAUAAACAAGAGAAAAUUCAUGGAACAAACUCAACCUGAGGCUUUAUUCCAUCCUAUUAAACUAAUAGAAGCGCUCUCAAAUAAAUGUAUUUCAAGAGAAGAACACAAUGACAGAGUACCAUUUGUCACUGACCAAACUACAAAAGGGAAACUUGACAAUAACAAUGAGUGUUUAGUGAGUUACCCAUCAACUAGUAAAUCGCACAAUACUGAGUGGGUGAAUGUGAAAAAUAUGAACAACAUAAAUGACAGUAUUAAACAUAAAAUGCUCCAAGAAAUAAAGUUUUUAGGAGAUGCUCUAGAAAUUUCUAACAGUUUAUCAGAUUUGUUUGGUGAAAAUACAGCUUCUAGCAGCGAUUCAUCCGAGGAACCAAACGAAGAGGAAGUAAACACAUCUUCAAUUACAUUGGAUGACUGGCAAAGAUUGCUUGGUAGAGAGGGUGAAAAUUCUGAAGAAAUUGCUGAUAAUGAAACAGAAGAGUUUACAGAAAAAGAACAUAUUGUUGAAGACCACAAGAAAGAUUUGGGAAUACUGAACAAAAGUCUUUCUUAUGGUGGUGGGGACAAUGUUCAAGUUAACGUACAUAGAGAGCUGAAAGUAACAUGUAAAGAAAAUUUGUUAAAGACCAGGAAGUCAAAUGAGAUGUCUUCCUCUUUGCCAGACAUAACUGCAGAAUAUGAGCAGCCAAGCAUUGAUAAUCACAGUAUCUCUACUCCAGACAUUGUGAACAAUUUGAUUAUAGAAGAGGCUGAUAAUACAAAAGAGAUUAGAUGUUUUCCCUAUUACUUAAAAGGUGAUUCAGUUUGCAAACUUGAAAUUUCAGAUGCUAAAGUUAUUUCUGAACACUGCACAGUUCAAGCAAGAGGCUGUGAAGUAGGUAUCAAGCCAUUAUCAAGUCACUGUGUGAAUGAAGAAGAGAGACAAAAUAUACAAAAGGACAUGAACAUACACAAAUCUCAAAUUUCAGAAGUCAAUAUAAAAUUCUGCAACAUGGAGAUAAAUAAAAGUGAUCAACCAAUGCAUCAAUGGACCAAUCCAAACGAAGAACAUCUGGACUCCUCCCAUGACAAUAAUACAGAAGAAGUUGAAAAUCAGCCAAUGCAUAACUCUAAACUCUUUACUGAAGAAUCAGAAGUCCAUAACAUGGAAACAUUUCCGAAUGAUUCGGAAGGAAUCCAAACACACCCUGAAGUUAUCAGAUUCAUCAAUCGUUCAUUAGAGUUACAAAUAGCUUCUGAGCAAUCAAAGGAUGACUAAAUUACUUUUAAAGUAUUUCCUUAAUAUUUCACAACUAAGCAGUCACUUGUAUUAAGCAUCUAGCGUUAAUUCUAGCGUAGAUUCUUAUUGGGCUUUGUUAGAUUGUUAUUGCAGAUUCAUGAUUAAGUCUCAUUUUUAUUUGUAUGAAAUUGUCUGGUAAGCUGAUUUUGUGUGAAAUACUUAUUUAAUAUCAAUUUGGAUUUACUCUUAAUACCAUUUGUCACUUCACUUAAUAUGAAUUAGUGAAUUUUAUACACUACCAUUGCAUAAUAUUAAACUGUUAUAAAAAUUUUUAAAUAUAUGUUAAUGUUUUAGUUGAAAAAAUAAAACACAAUAUCAAUA